CUUAGUUUGAAAAGCCAACCCAGCAAGGCUUAGUUCUAAAACUUAAGCUCGUCUCCCAGAAGAGAACCCUAAGAUUUUUGUCAAAAGAUUCCGAAAUCUAAGGAUAUAAUUUGUGAGUGUUGAACUAAACAAUGGAUUACCAGUCGAGUAUCUUCCGGGACAAUAAUCCUAUGGAGAAUCUGGAAAAACAGUUGAUCUGCCCCAUUUGCCUGGAGAUGUUCUCCAAGCCUGUGGUGAUCCUACCUUGCCAACAUAACCUCUGCAGAAAAUGUGCUAAUGACAUCUUUCAGGCUGCAAAUCCAUACUGGCAAACAAGCCGAGGAACAACCAUAUCAGGAGGACGGUUCCGCUGCCCCUCUUGCCGACAUGAAGUCAUCCUGGACCGCCAUGGAGUCUAUGGUCUCCAGAGGAAUCUGCUGGUGGAAAAUAUCAUUGAUAUCUAUAAACAGGAAUAUUCUAGCCGUCCACUCAAGAAGGGAAACCACCCAAUGUGCAAGGAACAUGAAGACGAAAAGAUCAACAUCUAUUGCUUGACCUGCGAGGUUCCUACCUGCUCUAUGUGCAAAGUCUUUGGAGCUCACAAAGAUUGUGAAGUGGCGCCUCUUCAAGGUGUCUUUCAGGGACAAAAGACUGAGCUAACCAACUGCAUCUCCAUGCUGGUAGCAGGGAACGACAGGGUACAGACGAUCAUCAGCCAGCUGGAGGAAUUGUGCAAGACGACGGAGGAGAACAGCCAGUCGGCUAAGCAGGCUUUGUGUGAGAAGUUUGAAAUCCUCAUUGCUGUCCUUGAGGAGAAGAGGAUGGACCUUCUGCAGCGCAUCUCCAAGCAGCAGGAGGAGAAGAUUGGGUUCAUGCAGAACCUCAUCCAACAGUAUAAAGAUCAACUGGAGAAAUCCACCAAGCUGGUUGAGACUGCCAUUCAGUCGGUGGAGGAGGAAGGAGGAGCAACUUUUCUCAUGACUGCCAAGCAGCUUAUUAAAACGAUUGUGGAUGCGUCAAAAGGUGCUCAGCUGGAAAAGACUGAGCCAGGCUUUGAAAACAUGGACUACUUCACCUUAGACUUGGAAAGUGUCACAGAAACCUUGAGAAGCAUCAACUUUGAGGCAGAAGAUGAAGAACUGAAUGAGGAAGGUGAAACAGAAGGAGGUCAGCAAGUUGGGCAAAUAGAUGGUAAAGUAACAAAGAACGAACAUCAAAUUCCAAGGAGAAAGCAAGAAGAAAAUCUGGCUCUAUAGGAUUUGGACAGGGAGAAGGAAGAAGGGGAGGGGGGAAGCCCAAAGCGAAUGCCCAUCAAGUAACAAGGCAAAGCCCAGCUGAAGAAGGGUCAUUUGGAAUGCAGAAUUCUUGGCAAUGCAGGAAGGCAAAAAUGCACACAGACACUUUUAUACACAGGCGCAAAAUGGAACUUUUCAUACAUGUUAUAUGUUGUGGGGUUUUGUACAGAAUUGUCAGGACACUUGAUUUUUUUUUUUUGGUUAAAGGAAAUAUAAGAUUUUGUUGUUUUCACAUCAGAGCACACCCUUCCAAAAACCGAAGGACGUUGGUUCUGAGACCGCGUUAAAAUGUUGCUACGAGCAGACAGAAUGUAGCCAAACGGAAGAAAGAAGUAA